AUGGCAAACAACAUCGGCAUCCAUUCUAGUCUGGACCUUUACAUCUCCGACCAAGCUUAUACGCUCGUGCCUGGGAAUGAUAAUCAGAGCCAAUCGCUUACCAUCAAUCGGAGUGACAGCCAGGUUUCUCUUUCCUCACCCGGUCAACCAGAGAAAUUCGAUCGAUCGGUUAAUAAUGUGGCAGGUAUCUUGGGAAUCAUUAGAUUAUUGAAGUCAGAUUACUUGAUCCUUAUCCAAACAGCCCGCAAGGAACGCAAUUUUACAUCCCGACUCUCACACGCUGGCAUCCCAAGGCUAACCUCUGUCACCAACUUGUUCAAGACGGCCGUUUAUACGCCAACCAAGUUUGCAGUCUACCCGAUCUCCAUCGAACCGAACCUGACCCUGCUCGAAAACUCGGACGAGAGAUAUCUGCUGUCUACACUCAAAUCACACCUCGAUCAUGCCAUCGGCAAGAUGUUCUUCACCUAUCAUUCAAAGCUCAACUGCAACGACCCCGAACCUUGGGAUUUAACCAAUUCCCUCCAAAGACAAUCUGACUCCAAAACCUCUAAUGACCAGCCUUUGGCGCCCUGGAAAGAGUCUGAUGAUCGAUUCUUUUGGAACAAAUACAUCCAAACGAGAUUGAUAGAACUGGCUUCUCAACCUCAUGGCCACGAGGCUAGCAAAUUCAUCUUACCAGUGAUUUUUGGAUUUCUGGAAUUCAAAUCUGCUGUGAUUAAGGGGAAAAGGUUCACGUUUGGAAUAGUUUCGAGAAGGUCGCGAUACCGGGCUGGCACCCGAUAUUUCACUCGAGGAAUUAAUGCCGAUGGGCAUGUCUCAAACUUUAACGAAACCGAAAUGAUCUUCACCACAUUUCCCCCCAGUUAUAAUAGUAACCAAGCCGAUUCUAGCGGCAGAAGUUUCGCCAAAGCUAGCUUUGUUCAAACUCGUGGCUCUGUCCCUCUUUUCUGGACGGAAAUCAAUAACUUGAGGUAUCGACCGGAUUUGAAAAUCAUUGAUAUCCCUGAAUCGCUCGAAGCCAUGAAAGCUCAUUUUGAUCAGCAAAUCUCGAUCUAUGGUGAUCAGUAUUUAUUUAAUUUGGUUAACUCUAGUGGCUACGAAAAAGCGGUCAAGGAUGCGUAUGAGAAAGGAGUCAAAAAUUUGAAUAAUCCAAGAGUCCAUUAUACUUAUUUCGAUUUCCACCAAGAAUGUAAAGGCCUCAGAUUCGAUCGAGUGCAGAUUUUGAUUGAUCAAUUACAUGAUGAAUUAGUCGAUCAAGCUUACUUCUUCCAAGAGUUCUCGGGCGCAAAAUCUAAUCCUCCUUCCAAAGUCCAGAAGUCUGUCGUUAGGACUAAUUGUAUGGAUUGUCUUGAUAGAACCAAUGUUCUACAAUCGGCGCUAGCGAAAUGGGUGUUAACUUUUCAAUUGAAGCAAGCUGGGAUAUUGGCAGAAAAUGAAAGCUUAGAUUCAUAUCCAGAUUUCAUGUUUUUAUUCCGCAAUCUAUGGGCGGACAAUGCGGAUGGAGUAUCAAAAUCGUACUCGGGCACACCCGCCUUGAAGACCGACUUCACCCGUCUUGGAAUCCGAACCAAAAAAGGGGCAUUUGAUGAUGGGGUUAACAGCGUGAUGCGAUAUGUGAAAAAUAAUUUCUUGGACGGUCCUAGACAAGAUUCAUACGACCUAUUUACCGGUGCUUGGGUCCCUCCAGCUUCGGAUUCCCCAGUUGCUUCUCUUCAUAAAGGUCCUGAUGAUCAUCUCUUCAGCGGCCCUUAUGAUCAUCAUCUUAUCCAAGCUAUUAUUCUCGGUUUCGUGAUCUUUUUGUUGAUUUUUAUCUCCGCAACCUUGACCAAAAAACGAUCGUUUAAAUUAGCCGUGGUUUCAUUGGUGAUAUUAAGUUUGAUCACGCGAUACAUAUUUACACAUGGGAUGGAAUUUGUGAACCAGCCAAGACUGAAGUCCUCGAUGUCAAAUGCCACCAGACAGCGGAUUCUGUCGUUCACCGGCCCGGGUUCGAGGUCUUUCGAGUCUUCUCACCACGGCCGAACUAAGAUCAACUUCGAGCUAUUCAAUCACUUUGUCUCUCUUCUCUCCAACAAUAAGCAUUCUGUCGGUGGUCCUCAGAGCUCCAUUAUUGGACCUAAUCAAUCUCACCUUCUCGACGAAGAUAAAAAGAAGCGGCUGGACUAA